AUGAAAAGCGGGUUGUUGUCUAUAAACGAUGUUCUCUUCCUACUGGUAAACAUUUUCAAAUACUUCCUGAUUGCUUUGAACGGACUGUACCUGUAUAAGCUACCAUGCAACGCUAAGGAGAACAUGGACUUUGUGAGCGCCAUAAUAUGUAUCCUAAUAGGCGUUACGAUAAAAAUUACCGUUAUAGCUGUAUACUGCACGUAUUUUACGGACAUUUAUAUGCUGAGAAAAUGCAGGAGGAAUAAUUUUCUGAAAUUGUGUAACUUUAGCAGUGUAAGCAGGAGGGGAAACACAUCCGUGCUAGAAUCAGACGACUUUGAGUAUAAAAAGUUAAUUAAGAAAUUUUUUUUUAAGAAGGUAUACUAUUCGUUGAGGAAAAAGCAUAAACGUAUGGAAUUAUACAUGCUAAAAAUUUAUAACAGCACAUUUAAUUACUACUUCUGUAACGUGAGGGAUGUACUUUACGCAUUAAUUUGGUACAUCAGUUUAUACUACUGGAGAAGAGAUACAUACGACGCGAUGUGGAAUUUUGACAACAUACCGACAUACAUUCAUAACAUAUUGAUUGCCCUCUUGUCUUCGUCCUACAUCGAUUUAGUGAUGGUCAUCCUCAGUUACAGCAAGUCUAAGUAUUAUGUGAUGAAGUCUAAAUUUCUAAUAGACGCGUUUUUCAGCGCACCAAGCGUAUUUUUCUUUUCCAAGUAUGUGCUUGUUCUUGAUAAUAAGAUAGACAUAUAUUUCAUAAUGGGCUUUUUACGAAAUAUUAAGAUAUUUCUGAAUGUGUCCUAUGUAAGAGUGGAGCAGAACUCCAUCCUAACUAAUACAGAAAUUAGAAUCGUUCGAAUUGUGCUGGGAGUUCUCUUACUGUGUAAUGCAUUCGCCUCAACCGUUUACACCAUUCAGGCGAUUCACCCUUACAAUUUGGAAAAAGGGGAUUUUUCCUAUUUUCUGAAUAGCUAUUUGGAUUAUUUCUACUUUUCAAUAAUUUCCAUAUCGACUGUUGGGUAUGGAGACAUAUUUCCCAUUAACAAAUUAAGCAAAGUAGUUUGUAUCAUUUUUAUAUUCUGGACCUUCAUUUGGGUUCCAAUACAAUUCAACGAUUUGAUUAUUUCCAUUUUUUCUAAGAAGAAAACCUAUGGUAAGCUUAGCAUGAACAGUCAGAAGUUUAUUCUGCUCAUUGGAGAAGUGGAGCCUCAAAAAUUAAAUGUUUUCCUUUUCGAGUCUAUUGCGUAUGGAAAUAAGAUAAAAUUUCACAUCCUUACUACUUACCCUAUAAGUUCUUACAAAGAGCAAAUAAAAAUAGCGGAUCACUUUUGCAUAUCCCUAUACAUUAAAAGCUUCGACUUGAAUGAAAAACAGAAUACAAAUUUGCUCUACAGCAUCAACGCCCAGAAUGCCUACUACUUAUUUUUAUUUUCUGAUAAAUUUAAUAAUGGGCAUUACAACAUAGACACAAAAUCUUUUACAAGAUUGCUAAUUUUGAAGAAAUUUUUACAUGGAAAAAAAAACGCCGUCAUCGAGUUACGAAAUAAGAGUGUUUCUAAUGUUGUGAAGUCCAUUGGCUGUGAAAAUUUUAUCAUUGACAAUUUGAAGCAUUCCUUAAUUGUUAAGAAUGUAAAGCACCCUGGGAUAAUUACCCUAAUUUUAAACCUAUUCACAGCGUACAAAUAUGAGCCAGAAUGUGACGCGCUGGACGAUAUGCGUGAUUCCUUCUCCUCUUUCAAAUAUAUCGGUGAAUAUAUUAGGGGAUCCAGAACAAAAAUUUUCUCCUUCUGCGUUCACAAAAAUAUGGUGGGACUCAAAUUCGAUAAAUUGUUUUACAAAUUGUAUGAGUCUCUUGGCAUUAUUCUAAUCGGCAUCGAAACGGACAACGAGAUGCUACCCCAAGUUAGGCGCAAUUGUCCUGCGCGUAAAGUGGCAAACAUAGUUAAGGGGAGAAAGGCACAGAGGGGGAGAUUUAAAGCUGUCCUCCUGAACGUGCUAAGGAGGUAUUCUCAUUCGUGUAACGCAGCCUAUGCAGAACGACCAUUACGCAAACGGAGAACAACUUGGAAUAGCAUCCAAAGUGCUCACACCAGGGGGAGAAGAAUAAAUAGGGACUCAACGGAACGGUCUAAUUUGUUAAAAAUGAACAUGGGUUAUCACACUAAUAGGGGAAAAGAUAAUUCUAGUAACCUCAUCGGAGAAUGUGGGACCUACCGCAUCGGGGGGGACAAAACACAGGGGAAUAUGCCCCAUAGGAGAAGGAAAAACAAAAAUGAAAAUAUCUCGAGCGAAGGAAAUAUUUGCAUAAACAUCAGUAGAAGUAACAAAAUACGGAAGAGGUGCACCACCAAGGGGGAACCACACAUGGAAGAGUUAAAAAAGUGGGACUACAACAUAAUUCACGCCAAGACGAAUAACAAAUGGGGAUACGACACGAACAUAAGUAAAAACACGAAACAGUUAAAAUGCUACCUCAAUUUGUUGGGGGCAAAUUACUCCAUGAGGGAAAAUGAUAAAUGUGUAGUUAUUGCCAAUUCUAAGAAAGUUAUUAAAUACCUGUCCAUGGCAAAAAGCCUCUUUUGGCUAUUCGAAAUUAAGAGUAAAAAGGAGAAGAAUAUUUCUUACGAUUUGAAGUCAGUCAUAAAAACUAAGAAAUCUUUUAAUAAAUAUUUGACGGCGAAUUUAAGGAGGAAUAUGCCAACCAUGUCUCAUGGGCAUAACAGAAGCGGGGUCUACAAAGGUGCAAAUCUGAUAGGUAUAAAUUACCACGACUUGUUUGGUAGCUACAAAAUUUCGAGAGUUUUUUCGAAAAGGAGUCACCCAUUUGGGAAAAAGGUAAAGACGGUUAAAUAUGCAGGGGGAAACGAUACACGCGAUUUGGUAAGUGGGGGAAAUUGUCCUAACAUCAUUUGCAGUGUUGAAGGAUCCACUCAUGUUCCCCCUUGCGAUGCUAACAAUUGGGCCUUUAACGGAUGUAAUUUUAUCAGUUGCAUUCCAGACGGUUGUAAUGUUGACACUCGCGUGGGAAGACACGCCGAGGGGGAUACCAUCGUGGCAUCAUCACCUUACUUGGAGAGCACCCCAGGGAGAUUCCACGUGGGCAAUCCCACAAACAGUCUUUCUUUGCCUUACGCAGAAAUUCGUACUUUUGAAAAUGCGGUAGACAACUCUGUGUCGCAGAACAGCUAUGUAGACCCCCCAAUUGCGCAUUCACAUCAUGCAGACGUUCGCAAAAAGUACGGGUAUUAUUUCAUCCACAAAAGAAAAUUAAAAAAAAAAAAUUAUUUAAUUAAUUACGUGAAUUUUUUAAAAAGAGAAGAAACGGGAAAGGAUAGAGAUGGACAAAAUGGCCUCAAUAAUGCCCACCUGGAUGCCUCCCAAAGCGCGAUAGCAUAUUCGUACGAAGAAGCCUGUGAAAAGUAUUUCCCCCGAGGGAGGAGGAACAAAUUAUUGCUAAUAAUAAACUGCACGUCAAACACGAUUGAGCUGAUCAAAAUGGUGAACCAUAAGUGUACAUAUAACGUAGUCAUACUCACGGACGAAGUACCAGCUGUCAAUAUACACGACUUGUUAAAGUAUAACGUCGUGUUUAUAAAAUGCAAAUCCCUGGACGACUACAACAUAUUAAACGCUGGUCUUAUGCAGGCCUAUUACGUGAUAAUCCUACCAACAGACGCAAACAAUGCUGAAGAAAUAAACGAGAUAGACAUGAACAAUAUAAUAUUAACAAGGAAAAUGAUCCACUUAAUGCGGAAAAGGAAAAAGUCUUUCUACAUAAAUAACAUAAUGACUGAGUUGAUUAACCCCUCUAAUGUUAUCUUUUUGGAGGAAAAUAAUAUGAUAAAAUUAAAGGACAAGAAAUCUUCCUACAGUGAUUUUUUCCCUUAUGUAAAUUGUUCCCGCUUUUAUUCGAGCAAUUUAAUCUGCGAAACGAUGUUGUAUAAUUUUAUGGCGCACCAUAAAAGCUUCACCAAAUUUUCCGUGUGUAAUGACACAUUGGAAAGCCUCAUAAAAUAUAUGAGCGUAAUUUAUAUAUGCGACUUGAACAAGUAUUUUGAUUUUUCUUUUAAAAGAAUUAAGACCUUCCGGGAUUUGUUUUAUUUUUUAUCCAAGAAGAAUAUCACUGCUAUUGGUUUGUACAGGCGCGGCGACAAAAACGUCCCCUUCUACGUUUAUACUAAGCCCAGCGAAAAUUGCGAGCUCAAGCUGGACGACAUGGUAUACGUUUUGUAG